AUGAGAUCAUCACUGCAACCGUCCAACUCAAUGUCUACCCAUCCUAACCAUCAAAAACCAGUAAAUGGAAAGGAAGAGAAUGUCUUCCUCCUUAUUCCAAACUUGAUUGGUUACACCCGAGUCGUCUUCGCCAUUGGGUCCCUCUACUACAUGCCUUACCACCCACGGACCUGUUCACUGCUAUACAGCGUCUCAUAUCUCCUAGACGCCUUAGACGGAGCUGCUGCCCGACGCCUCGGACAGACAACACGCUUCGGCGCCGUCCUGGACAUGAUCACCGAUCGAUGCACAACAACCUGUCUGCUGGUGUUUCUCGCAUCCGCGUUUCCCAGAUGGAGCAUCAUCUUUCAGGCCUUGAUUAGCUUGGACUAUUCGAGCCACUACGUCCACAUGUAUGCCACCCUGGCAAUGGGCGGACAGACGCAGAGUCAUAAGGAUAUCGACGAGAGUCGGCCUUGGAUUAUGAGGACGUAUUACUCUACUCAGAAAGUUCUCUUUACUGUAUGCACGAUGAACGAGGCGUCUUUCAUCGCGCUGUAUCUACUUUCGUUUUCUUCGCCGUUGCUCACGCCUUCAUUGAAGGACAACGGAAAAGCAUCCCAGAUCUGGGGAUCUCUGUGGAGCGCUGGGGCUAUGGAAAUGGCUCGUGCCAAUAAAAUCGACAGUUCCAUGCCGUGGUUGUUGCUUACUGUCUCGUUGCCCUUCAUGCUCUUCAAGCAGUAUGUGAAUGUCGUACAACUAGUAGAAGCGAGUAGAUGGUUAGCACGGGGUGAUGUUGAGAUGAGGAGGAAUGCACGCUUGCGUCAAGCAAAAAGUGAAUGACUUGGCCAAUGUACAUUCUCAAGGAUAAUUUUUAUACUG